AUCUAUAUUUCUGAACGUAUCCAGUAAGUACAUGUUGAUUUCCGUUCAUCAGGCUUAGUGAUUAGCUACUCGGAUGUAGCUAAAUACUCUCUCACUACAGACAGCUCCCAAAGUCCCAAUUGCUUAGUCCAAAAUGGCAACGUCGCAGGCCGUCUACGGCGUCGAGAAGAUUAUCGGGAACACUGAUGAUGCUACCAUCAGAACUGAUAUAACCAACUAUGGCGAUCAGGGAGUUGGUGACCCGUCGGGAGCCAAGAUGAAGGCCCUGACCUGGCAGGGAAAGAACAACGUCAAGCUAGUUGAAACGGCGAAACCGCGAAUUAUCGAAGAUCGAGAUGUCAUUGUCAAGGUGACCGGUAGCACGAUCUGUGGAAGUGAUCUGCAUCUUUACCAUGGCGCGAUCAUCGAGAUGACCAAGGGUGAUAUCCUCGGCCACGAGUUCUGCGGCGUUGUCGAAAGCGUUGGACCGGGAGCGAAGAAUGUCAAGCCUGGAGAGCGCGUCGUAGCAUCCUUCCAGAUUGCCUGCGGUGAGUGCCGCUACUGCAAGCUGAAGCUCUCCUCAGUUUGUGAGCGUACGAACGCGAACAAGAUUGCGAAUGUAAUGUAUGGAGGCCGCACAGCUGGUAUCUUCGGAUACUCUCACUUCACUGGAGGUUUUGCUGGUGGCCAAGCAGAAUACGUCCGCGUGCCAUAUGGCGAUGUUAACCUGCUUAAGCUUCCUGAUGAUGUCCCUGACGAAAAAGGUCUCUACCUUUCCGACGUUCUCUGCACGUCGUGGCAUUGUGUCACCGACACGGGCGUCAACCCGGGAGAUGUAGUCGCGAUCUGGGGUGGUGGUCCUAUCGGCCAGAUGUGCGCCGAGUUUGCUUUCUUCAACGGCGCCAGCCGUGUCAUUUUGAUUGAUGGUGGAGAAGGAGCAUGGCGCCUAGACUGGCUCAAGACAAAGAUGCCCAAGCUCGAGACGGUUGAUUUCACGAAGCUCCCCAAGGGAGAAUCGGUCACCUCGCAGCUGAAGAAGAUGGUCGAUGGAGGCCCAGACGUCUGCCUUGAGUGUGCCGCUGGUGAAUAUGCCAAGGGAUGGGCUCACUACUUCGAGACGCUGCUCGGUUUUGAGACAGAUACCUCUGAACUCCUGAAUGAGAUGAUCACUUCCGUCAAGUCUUUUGGCCGUGUCGGAGUUACUGGAGUGUACGCCGGUUACACCAACCACUUCAACAUCGGCGCUCUGAUGCAGACCGGUAUCCGUUUGAUUGGUAACGGCCAGGCCCCCGUUCACAAGCACUGGAACCACCUCCUGCAACUUAUCCGCGAGGACAAGAUCCACCCUCUUGACAUGGUCAGUCACCGAGUCAGGCUCGAGGACAUGGAGAAGGUCUACGAACUCUUCAACAAGCGCGAGAAGGGCUUCCAGAAGAUGUUCGUCCAGACGAAGUACUCGGCUCCUCCUUGUCCCGGAGCUCCGCAGUUGACGAAUCUGUGAGCGCCUUAAAACAGAAAAGAGAGAGAAACAAAAAGAAAAAGCCAACUCGCACCACACGUGCAGUUAAAGUACGAUACGAUACUAUUAUCGUACUCCCCAGAUUGGUCGCUCUGUCUUUUGAAUAAUUGUAUUAUUACUCUAAUAAUCCCGAAUGAUGAGGAAUGAUGAAUGAUGAAGCAUGUCGACUGGUGUAUUGAGCGAGAAUUUAAGGAGUCAUGGAGUGAGUUGUGUGGUAUGGUGCGUCAAGAGAGAUAUAUGGGGGGUGUUUAUCAGAGACGAAAAAAAAGUGAGAUGUUGUGAUGAUGACUUGAGAGAAAUAUGGGGGGAGUUGUUUUGGCGAUGGGGAAGAUUCAAUACGCUUAGGUUGUAGGCGUUUUACUACUUUCCUUUUAUUAUGAUAAUUUGGCAUAAUUUGACAAGACGAGACAAGACAAUCCUUAAUUUAUAAAAUUGACUAUCAUUUGACAAUGGAA